AUGAAGGGGAUAACAAAAGCAUUUGCGCGUACGCCGCACAUGCUGACUACCAAGGUCGGCAUGUCCAAGAAGUCUUCCGAUCCGGAGUUUGACGAUUACGCGCGCCGCUUCGCCACCAUUGAGACAGGCACCGACAAACUUCUCAAGGAUGCCAAAGCAUUCAAUGAGGCUGUAUCCGAGCUCUUUACGCAUGGCGUUAACUUCUCGCAACACUUCGCUACGGUAUUCCAUCCAAUCGUGGGCGAGUACGACCUCCUCGGCAAACAUCCUAAUGCAGAGAACACUAUUGGGAAUGUGGACGGAUACGAGACGGCGUUCCAAGAGCUGAAGACUGCGAUUGUGCCCGAGCUGGAGCUCAUUGAGAGCAGAAUUCUUGGACCUGUCAAGGAAUUGCAAGGCGUCAUGAAGAUGAUCAGGAAGAGCGUUACAAAGCGUGAACACAAGCUUAUGGACUACGAUCGAUUCAACAAUUCCUUGACCAAGCUUCGAGACAAGAAGGAGAAGAGUCUUAACGACGAGAAGCAUAUUUUCAAGCUUGAGCAAGACUUUGAGCUUGCAUCCAAUGAGUAUGAUUACAUCAACACGGCGAUGAAGAACGACCUCCCUCGCUUCCUUGUCCUGGCCACGCAGUUCAUUGAACCCCUGUUCCACUCUUUCUUCUACAUGCAGUUGAAUAUCUUCUACCUCCUGCUCGAGAAGUUGAGCGGAUUUGCAGAGGGCAAAUACGACGUUUCGAUCAGUGGUGCUGAAAUUGCAACUGAGUACGAGCAGAAGCGUACGGACGCAAUGGAGAACAUCGAGGCGCUCAACGUCACACAGCGCCUGAUAUCGACAUCCAAACUCGUCCAAACUCGCCGCUUAGCAUCGAGCGGCUCACCAACCAGUGUACGCCCCAACUCCAUGCGCUCGACCUCUAGCACGGGCUCUGCAGCCUCUCGUUUGCCCCCUCCCGUUCGCUCCACAUCCUCGGCUUUCACGAAGAAGGCGCCACCGCCCCCUUCGCCGAGCCUGACCUCCGUUCCUCCGCCGCCCUAUUCACCCCCGGGGAGCGGUGGGUUAGCGAAGAAGGCUCCCCCUCCCCCUCCCCCACUCAAGCCGAAGCCGAAACCAGCUGCUUCGUAUGUGGUGGCGGUGUACGACUUCAGUCCACAGGCGGGCGGCGAUUUGGGGUUUAACGCGGGGGACCGUAUUGAAGUGGUCGAGCGCACUGAGAGUGCGGAGGAUUGGUGGACAGGCCGAAUUGGUGACAGACAUGGUGUAUUCCCAGGAAACUAUGUUCAGGACGCUUAG